UCUGGAAAUUCGGAUUUUAGUCAUUUUUACAAAAUGGACAAAAAGGAGUUUAGUGAUCAUUUUUGUGAUAUUUUAAGCAAUUUCAGUCCUUGGAUGGUACCAUCAAAUGUGAAAUUUUGACAGUGUUGUGACAAGCUGAUAAGGAACGGAACAGGGAAACGUAAUCAAACGAAUUAGUUUAUUUAGAAACAGUCGACGUGGAAACAAGAACCGAGGAUGCCAGCAGCUCAAAAAGAUUUAGAUCACGUAGAUUUUUCAAAAUGUUAGGCUAUUUUCAACGACGAAAACAAAAUGGAUGUAGUAGGCAGAGAAAUUUAUAAACGCCGUAUAGGAGGUCAUAAAAGAAUGUCUGAAGAUGGGCAAGGCAUGGAUGAUAAUGAACAGUACACAUCAGACACAUGUGUACUGUUAAAUCAGAGCGUGGAUGCAAAUGAAGAGAUAAUUCCUGAUGAGUCGGUGUGGGCUACCGCUAUACAAAUGUUUAUACCUUUCUUACUUGCUGGAUUUGGAAUGGUUGGAGCAAGUUUAUUGUUGGAUAAAGUGCAGCAUUGGCCAGUAUACCAAAAUAUAUCUGAAGUAUAUAUUCUUGUACCCGCUUUACUAGGACUUAAAGGAAAUUUGGAAAUGACUUUAGCAUCUAGGCUCUCCACGCAUGCAAAUUUGGGCCAUUUAGACACGCGAAAACAAAAAUUAAGUUUAAUUACAGGAAAUCUUGCUUUAAUAUUAUGUCAGGCUAUAGUUGUUGGUUUUCUAGCAUCUGUUGCUGCUGUUGUAUUCGGCUGGGUUCCUACUGGUGUCAUAAAUAUAAAACAUGCGUUACUCUUAUGUGCCAGCAGCAUUGUUACAGCAUUUGGUGCUAGUUUUGUCUUGGGUAUAGUUAUGAUUGGUGUCAUUAUGUUUUCCCGGCGACUGAACAUUAACCCUGACAAUGUGGCUACUCCAAUAGCUGCCAGUUUAGGUGAUCUCACAACCUUGGCUUGUUUGUCAUUGUUUGCAUCCAUUUUUUAUCACUCCAUGGACCAGUAUAAGUGGUUGACACCAAGUCUUAUUGUGUUAGGAUUAUCUAUAGUACCUUUAUGGUCUUACAUAGCUAGUCAAAAUGAACACACUCACAAAGUUUUGUUUAGUGGGUGGAGUCCAGUAAUUACGGCCAUGAUUAUUAGUAGUGUUGGUGGUUUGAUUUUAGAUUUUACUGUUUCACAAUAUAAGGGUGUAGCAGUUUUCCAAUUAGUGAUUAAUGGGGUAGGUGGUAAUCUCGUUGCUGUGCAAGCAAGUCGUAUUUCAACAGAAUUGCACAGGAGAGGUAAACCUGGGAAACUGCCAAGCCAUAUGCAAGUUUGUAUAAGCCCUUGCUCUGCAUUCUGUGAUAAAAAAGAGACCAGCCAUGGGGGCACAGCUCAAAUGCUUAUGUUAAUGGUCAUACCAGGCCAUCUCAUAUUUUCCUAUACUAUUAGUUACCUUAAAGCAGGUCAUACUUCUUUUACCCUCAUUUUCAUGAUUGUCUAUUUGAUGGCCGCCUUACUUCAGGUGUUUCUAUUACUCUAUAGCGCACAGGUAUUAACUCUUAGCAUGUGGAAAUCAGGAAUCGAUCCUGACAACUCUGCUAUUCCUUAUUUAACGGCCUUAGGUGACCUGUUGGGCACCAUGUUGUUGGGUAUUGCCUUUCAGUUUCUUUAUCUUAUUGGUGAUCGAGAUAGUGACGUGGGGGAUUAGUAUUUUUAGGUUUAAAAUGAUAUUGUUAUCUUCUGUUAUCAAAAAUGAUGAUUGUUCAAUAAAUAUGCUAUUAUAAUUUUA